UCUCAAUAUCCUUCUCCUCCUCUUCCUCCUCCUCUCAAUAUCCUCUCUAUCAAUCUCCUCCUCCUCCUCUCUCUCGCCAUGUCAUUAUUAUAAAGUAUGUGUGUAUUGUUGCUUAAAAGGAUUAUUAUUGCCGCUUUAAAGGUUUUGAAUUAACUGCGUUCUCCUUUAAUUUGAAACAGGUUUAAAAAAUAAAAAUCAUUCCAUCGCCCAGCGAACUUUGCUGAUCAUUAAAAAUGUGAAGAAUGUGCCUCAGUUUCUUCACUAUAAUAUCAUUCAGCCUCAAUGUUUGAUGUACAGAUAGGAUGGAAAGGAUAAAGAAAUUGAUGAGAUUUAAUCAUCCUCAGUUGCUUUCGAUACUUCAUCAGCAAUGCUUACUUCAGCAUUGAUUUGUGUGUUUUUGUUCUCAUCGAGUCUUUCCCAAGAUCCCUUUCAGACUCAAUCCUCUUUAUAUAAUAUUCCCAGGCAAAAUCUUAUUCGCGUCCCAGCAAACACAAAUAUUCUCAGAAAUCCGCAGGAUGUGACGUUUCCCAACCCAGCUCUGCUAACGGAAAAAUGCGGGAGCUUUGUUCCAUGUUACGCAGAUUUGAUUCGACAACACCAGUCCAGUUCUAAUGGAGGAUAUGGAAGUGUUGGAGGCCAGCAACAAUUAUCCUCCAAACCCAAGCCAUCUUACGCUCCACCAUUGAAUCCCUCCGAAAACCACAAUGUCAGAAACAGCAAAACCUUGGAUAAUUCUCACUUUACCAAUACUGUAGGUGAUUCAAAGGGACAAACAAGUUUAGUUAAUUAUCCUGGAGUUUAUAUAUAUAGAAGUCAUGAAUCCCAACAAAAUGAUCAAACCUUUCCUGAGCUUCCGUCAGUAAACCCUAUGGCUAGGAGAGGGGCCUCAAUCCAAAAACCAUUCCAACAACCUCAGUCUUCAUUUGGAUCUUUUGGAAACUUCCAACCCAUCUCCCAUCAAUCCAAUCCUUCAUUGCCCAAUCUUCCUCCUCUUCCUUCACUCCCAGUACCCGGAACCUUCCCUUCGGCCCCCUUUGAUGGACAAAUUCAAUCCUCAUCCUUCCUACGCCCAGUAUCAUCAUUAGCGCCUAAUCCGUCCUUGGUUCAAAAUCACCCUUUGUCAGACCCAGAUCUUCAAAGACAACCUGAGUUUAUGAUUUUUGAUGCUAUACCGAGAGUGAUGGUUCCACCGGAAAUACCAUUUUCUUUCCCAAUGCAGUUUUUCCAGGAGCAGGAGAGACCAAUGGGUAAUGUGGGUCAACGAAUACUUCCCUCCGGCCCGUUUUCUUCAGAACUUACUUUUGGACCUUUUCCAGUCUAUCCUAAUCCAGAGUUGAAGGAUCAAGUUCGUAGUGUAGAAAUAGCGACUUCUCGGUCAGAAGAAACUGUUCUGGAGGCUGAGCUUGCUGUUCCUUUUAAAAUUCCAACUUCUGCGAGGAUACUAGAGAGACCUGAGGUUUUGGCAGAGUUUAGUAGUUUGACCUCUUCAGCGAGGUCAACUGGAGGUCAGCAGAGGUUGAUUGUACCUGUUCUUUCAUGUUUUAUCAUUUACUUAUUCAAUCAAAUGUAAUCAGACGUUUGAAAAAAAGUACAAAAACUUUGAUUUGAAAAAGCAGUUUUUUUCUAUUAUUAGAAAUUCUGCUGAUUCAGGGCAUUAAGGUUAUUAAAAUAUAUAUCUAAUAUCUAUUUACCUAUCUAUUAUAUCUAUGAAUUAUAUUUGCUCAGAAAUGUUAGUGGGUUUCUUUGAA